UACACGAUGUCUUGCCAACCUCAGGAAAAGUGUGCCGAUGCUCCGAUCACCGCAAAAGCUCCAGAUGACUUCCCCGAGCAGCCGACUGAAGCUUCGGAAGACCCUCAAGGACAUUCAAUCACCGAUAUGCCCAACGAGACUUGCCCAGCUCCUGAACUUCCUGCAGCUGCACGGUCCCGUCCGCCCUCCUACCGCUCCGUCAGCCCACCUCGCUACAGCCACACGGCUACUCAACCCGUGGUUACUCCGCUCGCAGUUGAACCCAUCGCCGAGGAAGACAUCGAGGACCAGUCCCCCACCGCUAGCGAUGACAAUACCAGCACCAAACAGGACCGCCGCCGUUGCCGGUUCCGAAUCAGCCGCGGGUGUCGGGGCUUCGUGUCCUGGCUAUGCAGCGGGGCGUUCUGGUUUCCGUUCUGCUUCGCCGUGUGGGUACUCUCCUUCAUAGCGCUCUUCGCCUACGCCCUCGGUCUCAGCAUCCAUCGGAAUCAGGAUGAGAGCCUGAAGCCCCACGACCAGUGCUACAAGAAGCAGGAGGUCGCCGGUUACCUCGCCGGGUUUCUGGGCUGGAUCAGCGGCAUCGACCAGUGGUAUGCCCAUCACUGGGCUUUGGCCGUCUUCAAAUCGAGCUGGGUGAUUCUGCUGCUGGUCAGGAUUUUCUUGGCUUCUUUCGUCGAGUUUGAUCCCUCACUUAACCUCGAUGACCUGGAUAUUGCCUGUGUUCUUGCGGCGCUUGUGGCCUCGCUCUGGUGGCCGAUCGAUACGGUGCUUUGGUUGAAGGGGGUCUAUAGUGUUCCCGGUUUUGAGGGUGGCGGUGGCUUCUAG